AUUUUGAUUCAUCGAUUAAUCAAGCCUCAUCCCAUCAAAUGUCUGCAAGCACAGUACAACGUCUUCUGAAUACGCAUGGUUUUUACAAUUAUUUUCUCAUUUGCUAAAAAUUAUCAAUUACACAAGAGUAUAUAAUAAUACUCUUACUUUCAACAAGAAAUUGGUUAUUAUUAACAGAAUUGUUUUCUGUUAUGAUCUGCACUGUUCGGUUAAACAACUGAACACUGCCGAACAAACGAUACCCUUACUAGACCAAAUCAGCAAUUUAGCUAGUUUUUUAGCUAUACUGAUGUUUUUGUCAUGGAUGAUAUUCAUAUCACCAGCGUCAAUAAUUGCCCGAUAUAUGCGUGAUCAUUGGUCUAAUACGAAAAUAUGUGGUUUGAUGCUAUGGUUUCAUCUUCAUCGUACCUUGAACACAGUCGGAACUGCACUGAUGGUAUCUGGGUUUGCUUUACUCGUUGUUUGUAGAGCGACAUUUAAAAAUACUACAUACUCAAGAAAAUGGGGUUCAAUUCAUUCAAUACUCGGGCUGUUGGCUUGCUUGUUGGCAUGGAUUCAACCACUGAAUGCAGUUUUUCGCUGCGAACCAACAAACAGAUUCCGUUCUAUUUUCAAUAUGAUCCACAGACUACUCGCACUUUUCGCAUGGGUACUGGCAGGUGAGUUAUUUAAUCCUUCAAAAAUGACAGCUUCAGAAAUAUUGAAAAUAAACUUACUGCCACACUCCGAUAAAGGUUUGUGGUUUAGCAAUUUUUUUAACGGGAAACACUUUACAGCAGCUUGUACAAUGAUAGCAGUCAAAUGGUUUAAAAGGCGAUUUACCAAUCCCAAUGCGGCCCUCGGACUUUACAUUCUCUUUAUUGCCUCUUUUGGCUUAACAAUAAUAGUCAAUGAGGUUACUUUUUUUGUCAGUUUCAGUGAUUUGCUAAAAUAA